CUUUUUUUUUUCAACAUUCUAGGCUCUGACCAUUAUCAUGUCGCUGGAAUUACUUUUGCUAAUGUAGACAACUGAUAAACACAAAUUCCAUUCAUGUUUGUUAUUUUUACAUUACUAUAUCUUGAGAUAUACACCCGGGUGUUUAAUCGGAUUUUCUACGGGUAAAUCCUAGUUAUUUAUUGGAGGAAAACAAUCUCUAUCCAUGGUAUUAGAAGUUCCUAGUUUGUUUGAUUAGCCGCUUUUGUGUGUAGGGAUAUGGGGAUAGAGAGAGAGCAGAGUAGCACAUCCGAAGCCGAAAGAGAGGAAAAAAGAAUUGUGAUGCUGGCAUGGAGCGAUGAACGCUUGCCUUCGGAAAGACUACAAGGUGGUACUCAAUUAUAUCACACUCGUGCAGAAUUUCACUCGGUGGAUCUGAAGCACAAUAUAUUAACUCGUUCUUGCUUUCCUUCAAUUAUCAUGGCUAAGUUCUUUUCAUCUGCCAUGGUGUCAUCUUUGAAUAAAUUUAUCUACUUAGUGGGAGUGGGAGGAGCGCGAUUAUCUGUCGUCCAAUCAUCUAAUGAGUCUUCCUCUUCCAACCACACAUUCUACUCCGGCGGUUCAUGUCUUGACAUGUCUGAUGAGGCUCCAGUGUGGUGUCCAGCUCCUGUCUUCUUUGAGGAUAACACUUCUCCCAACUAUGUUAGCUUUCUUGGCAAUAUUUACAACUUUGGAUCUGUUUGCCUUGCGCCCCAGGUUCUUGAAUGUGGUGCCCUUGGCCACUGUAAGUCAAUUCGCUCUCUCCCUAUCCCUCAAAGCCUUGCUGGUUGUAGUGUGUCUGUUCCUGUACUUCCCGACCCUUCCAACAAACGCAUUCUUAUGCGCCUCUAUGGUGGUCCCCUUUCGUCGCCUUCCCUCUAUGCUUUCACUCCCGAUCCUUGUGCUGAUGCUAUUGGGACAUGGGAAUGUCUCACCUCUGAUUUCCAUCUUUGGGCUCAUGCUGCUGCUGUUGUUAAUGGGGUCAUAUAUUUUCACUGCCAUAAAGUUCCAUCUCUUCUUUGUGCUUUUCAUAUAACCAAGAAAAUAUGGUUGAAAGUCUGGUGGGAUUCGUGCUUUAAGGACAAUGUUAAUAUGAAUGCCGAAACUUUUAAUUUCGAUGCAAUGCUUCAUUUGGGCCACAAUAUUUUGUGCUUUGCUGGUUGGACACCAAUAUAUUCCCGGACUGCUGUUUUUACCAUCGAAGUCAUAUUUUACAAGUUCCAAGUGUUGGUCACCGGUGAAACUGUAACCGUCAAGGUCUGUGACUCCUACUCAUAUGAACUUCCGGGAAGUACCAAUGUGUUUCAUUUCCUCCCCAUUUAGCAGCGACGAUCUAUUAUGGAAUUUUUCCUUAAUGGUGAGCAGUCAAGUUGUUUAAGUAGGAUGAUAAAGUGAUCGUAGCUAAAGGAGCUCAAGUGUUUCGAUUAGUAUGCUAUAACGAGUUUGUAAAGUUGUAUAAAUAGCUCACCUAGAUUUAUUUGGUUGUAUUGUUAGGAUAUUGUAAGCCUUAGCACUUGACAAGUUGUUAAGUGUGGCGGUGAUACCUCCGAUUUAAGGGUAUGCUUCGGCAAUUUUAUUCAAA